ACCCCUCCAAGGAGACGCGGCACUUCAGAGACCUGGACCAAGAGCAACACGGCGGCUUCUGCCAGGUCGGUGCUGUCAGGAGCAGGUGGCAACAGUCUCACCCCACAACGUGUCGCAUCGGACAGCCGGGAAGGUGAACGUGUGCGUGGCUGGCGAGAUGAUCAAAAGGCGCGUGCAAACUGCUGGCAGCUCCAUACUUCUAUGGCCAUGGAGAAAAGGACAGCCAUGCAGCUCUCGCGGUCACCGGAGAUGCUCCCAGAACAGGCAGGGCUAGGCAGAGGAGUUGAGAAGGACAAGGAUCCAGGCACGGAGCUGGGCCGGGGCUUUGUGCCGGGGGGGCACUGCCGGGAGACUCUGCCUGCAUCUGCUGCGGCUCGGAGGCUAACUUUAGGGCUUUUGCUGACCACGCUGUUCCAGCAGCUUUGUGCAAAGCAGGGAAAAGCCCCAAAAGGGGAAAUGAGCAGGGAAGUGAAACCCAGCAGCUUCUGCCCUGGACCUGCAAGAGCCCCCAGCGGAUCUCCCCCUCCCCACUCUCCUCUUCCUUCCUCCUCUCCGGGGAAGGCUGAGAGCCAGCAGAGCCACCUGCCUGGAAAGCUCCAGCCGCUGCUUCGGGAGAGAGGCAAAAUGGGUGGCAGCUUCUGGCUGGUGGCCGGCGCCCUGGCCACGAUCCUGGGCACUGUCCUUCCUCAGGAGAACAUGUGCCGAGCGCCAGAUGGCAAAGACGGCUACCCAGGAGUCCCUGGCCUGGACGGGAGGCCAGGCCAGAAAGGUGACAUUGGAGCCCCAGGGCUGCCAGGAAGAAGGACCGGGAUCAAGGGAGCCAAAGGGGAUGCUGGGGAACCUGGGCUGCCUGGAAACCCAGGGAGCCAGGGCUACCGAGGCCUGAACGGCCCCCCUGGACUUGCAGGCGAGCCAGGGCAGCCGGGCACCAAGGGCAAGGUGGGCAAUAUCCGGGACCAGAGACGCCCAGCCUUCUCCGCCUCCAGGAAGAGCCCGCCAUCCCAUGGGAACACCGUGGUCUUCGACAACGUCAUCACCGACCAGGAUCGCAACUACAACGCACAGACAGGGCGCUUCACCUGCACCACCCCGGGCUACUACUACUUCACCUUCCAGGUGAUCUCCAACGGGAACCUGUGUCUCAGCCUGGUCAAGGGUGGCACCAAGGUGGUCAGCUUCUGUGACAACAACAGCCGCGGCCUGCUACAGGUGAACUCGGGGGGCAGCGUGCUCAGCCUGGUGGCGCAGGACCAGGUCUGGAUUGAGAGCGACCCGCACAACGGGAACCGGGUGUUCGACAGCGCCGAGGCCGACAGUGUCUUUAGCGGCUUCAUGGUGUUCCCGCAGAGGGAGUGAUGGACUGCCCCCACACUGCUACCUAGCCCCCACCCACGCAGCUUCAUCAAGCCCCCUGCAAUAGCAAAGAAACCCAGGUCUUAGCAAGAAACUGCAGCUUAGUGCCCUGGCCUGAGGGCACCACGCACGUGCGUAUUUGUGGGAGAGAGGAACGUGCAAGGAGAGGGACAGGGGAGUCUGGACAGACGCCUGCUGCCCCCCCUUGGUUGGGGGUCACCGUAUAACUUAGCAGCCGAAUGCGGGGCUGUGCGAAGCGUGGCCAAAGCCGUGCCCGCCCGCCUGGCAGCAGAGCUCAGUGCCCGGGCACACCGCAUGGGGUGGGAGGAUGCAAGGUGCCUGCUGGGUGGGGAUGCUGAUGGGGACAGGCUGAGCUCCCAAGGGCCUGUUUGGCAAUACUGUGCUGCUACAAUAGGUUGCUAAAGCACCCAGCUGGGAGGGGCAAGAGGCCAGGUCCUGCUCCACUGACGUCAAAGGACCCCGGCUUUGGUCCUACGUGCUUGCCAUGCCUGGCAGAUUCAGAGCCGUGCCAUCGCAUGCGAUGGGAUGGCUCGGGUGCGAGUCAGAAAGCCUCCCAUGCUUAGCACUGCCCCGUUGCGGUCCUUAAAGAUUUUUCUUUCUAAUUGGCAAGAACCAGGGGCCACGGCAUGGGGCAAUGGGCAGCUAAUGCUUUAAGCCACAUGGAUCAGCAUCCCAGCCGUAAGGGCCACGCGGGGCCCUUGAAGGACCAGCGAGCUGGUCAGCUGGCUCCGUUGCUCAUCCCCGUGUCAGGACUCAGCCCCGGGCUCCAGCAGACAGACUUGGCAGGUGUCUUGCACUUGACCCAAGUUUUGUUCCCAAGUCUACCAUGGCAAAUCUAGAGUCACCCCAUUGACACCAGUGGAUUUACUCCAGAUUUAUACUGGCGGUGAGGGAGGAGACUUUUCCCUUAACCCCUCAUUGACCACAGAGGUACAUACGUGACAGCGCAGGAUGCAGCUAUGCCACUACCCCCGGGCUGUUGUCGGGGCUUUCUGCCAAUGUGUAGUAGCCAUGAGACGGGCUCCACAUACGUGGCAAUAAUCCUGCACCUGCUGCAGCAGACAGCAGCCAGGAUAGGACCUCACGUACUACAGCACCUGUCUCCUUUGGUACCACCGUGCCUACCCUACCCAUCUCUCUCACACACUCACGCACCUUAGUGCACAGAGCCCUGGGAUGGAGCAAGAGCCCAUUUCAUCCCCUGUCCCGACCUGGGUUAGAAGUGCUGAGCAGGUGAGACCCCCAAAUGUGCUGCCCAGAGCUUCAUCACGGGAACGACUCAUCUCCCAGCUGCUGCUUCACAGCCACGGGUCUGAGUGCAUAUCUCCAUGGGUGGCUCCGGGGAAAGCGCUGUCCCUAAUGUGGACGUGGUUGGCUAAGGAAGCCGUGCCAGGGGGUACGGGGCAGUGACAGACACGGGCUAUCUUUGCUGGGAGGCCGGGUGCUCCGGGCUCAGGGGCUUGCAAUCCCAGCUAGCAGCCUGGGAAGCAGCAUCUAAUCCUCCCGCCAGCACCCCUGCAUCUCCACAUGUGGCAUGCAGUGCUGAUGGGCACGUGCCAGCUGCAGGACAGCAGCAGCAAGGGCCUUGCUAGGGGUCAGUGGCACACAAAACCCCUGGCAGCUGUCCUGCAUCUCCCCCAUGGAAAGAGGGCUUUCACGUAGUACCGCACGCUGUGUCCAGGCCUCAUCCCCUUCCCUGGAGACAGCAUGUUCCUCCGUAACAGUGCAGGGAUGCUUGGCUCUCCCAGGUGUGAGAGCGACCCGCAUCCUCCCCGUGCUCUGAGACACAGUGCCAAACAGGAUCAGCUGUCACCAGUGCCAUCGUCCAGCCUUUAUUCUCUGGAAGGGACUUGCUGGAGAGGCUGACUCCCGCUGUAUGAAGCCUUGCAGACGAGGAGCUGGCUCCAGCCGCUCCUGCCUUUCACACCCUUCCAAUGAACACAGACAAAUAAAUGUCCCCUUGCUGGCUUGCUUUUCCA